AUGCGGGAGCUCUACGGAGAGGUGCGCUCCACCUCCGGCAGGGAGCUCUCAAUGCAGACUGUGGAGGGCAUGCUGUCCCAGGUGGCAUUGGGCCAGCAGGUCCUGUCGGGUCUGCUGGAGAGUCGGAUCCCGGUGCUGGGCAACAUCAUCUCAGGGGGCGUCUCCUUCAUGGCUUCGUACAGCCUACUGAAGUCUGCCAUCAAGGACCUGCGUGAGGACGCCGAGAGAGUGAUGCACAGAACUCUGGAUGGGGCAGACGACGCCCGAGAGGACGUUCCGGAUCCAGGAUAUUUUUAUGCGGACUAAGGGAGCCAAAUGUGACCCCGGGGAUUUGGCUGGGUGAUGCUGGGAGGGGAAACCUACAGAGGACUAUGUAUUAAAACUGCAAAU